AUGGUUGCAAACCCAGGACAUAAUGACUCAACAAGAAGCCGCGUUGACGAACAGCCUAAAGUGGGCGACGUGAGUCACAACGACGAGAGCUGCUCCGACGGCAAUGUCGGAGAGCCCUCCGACGAAGCAGGCUGUAUGCAGGCUGCGGCCGAGACGGCAAUCGGAGUGCAGGAGGUUAGCGGCCAGCCCGCAUACAUCUCCAGACCGUGCCCCUGCGCAUUUGACUACUUCAUUCGUGCUGUUCUAUCCGCGCUUAUACUGGAGAUGAAGGACAGUUACGCCGUCAAGCCGAUGAAGGAGCUGGUUCUCUACCUGGAACCCCGUGAGAGCAGAAAAGGGGGAGGUACCGACAUUUCUACAUGCAUCUACUUGGCUUAUGAUGUUUCAUACAUAGAUUGGCUAUCAUCUGAACCCGUUCCAACGGUUCGACACGGUCGGUGUGGUGAAGGAACACUUCUUAACUCCUUAUACCGGUUCUGUGUCACCACUCAUCCAGCAGCUUCCCUCACCUCUAUGAUGAGCUCAAAGAGCGACGCGUCCGUUCCCGAAGGCCAAUCGCGCUCUCGGUCUUCUGAAAAGUACAGCUCGCCAACUUACUUCUUUGGCUUCGUCGUCGCCUCAUGCGGCGAUGGCACCGUGCUCAGGCUACUUAGCUCCUGA